CGUUUGCGGCAGCAUCAUGGCAGCGUACGGUGUGAGUUUUGAGAGCGCAAACAGCAUUAAAUCCAAAAAAGAGACCAAAAGGGAAGAAAGAGAGCUCGUUUUACAACAGGCUAAAGAGAAGUACGAGAAAGAGGAGCGGAGGAAGGCCGAGAGGAAGGCCAGGGGUGAGGACACAUGGAUGCUUCCGGACGUUGACCUGCGACUGCAGCAGAUAGGCGAGGAGCAUACAGUGAAAAACAAGAAAAAUAAAAAAGAAAAGAAAGCAAAAAAGAGUAAGAAAGAGAAGAAGAAGAAAGCCAAGAAAGAGAAAAAAGACAAGGAAGAGGCAUCUUGUGACAGCUCUGAAGACUCAGAGGAUGAGUGGGUGGAGGCCCGGCCGUCGUCAGGGGGCGGAGACAAGGCAUGGAAGGCAGAGCAUGAGGCCACACCUGCUGCUAGCUCAGCCAGUGCUAAUCAAAGAGACGAAUGGAUGACCUUUGACUUCUUGGCGAUGAAGACGACCUCCCAAGGAGAGAGACGAGCGCAGAAAGAAGCAGAGAAAGAGGCGGAGAGGCAGAAAGCGCAAUCUAUCGAACAGGCUGGUCUUCACAGGUUAGAGUUGAACCCCUACUGGAAAGACGGAGGAAGUGGUCUGCCUCCCGAAGAAACCUCCAGUACCGCGGUUAAAAAAGCUGGAGUGGUGAAUGAUGGAGGGGUGAGCUGGCUCAGGAAGUCAUAUCAGAGGAUGAAAGAGCAGGCCGACAGAGAACAGCGGAGCCUGGAGAGCGUGGUGGCGGAGAGAUACGGGUCCAUGGAAGAGUUCCAGAACAGACUGCAAGAGGCGGAAGAGGCUGCGUAUGGAGACAGAAGAGAAGAGAGGAGCGAGAAAAGAGGAGACCGAGAGAGAUGGAGGAGAGACGACAGAGAUGAAGGGAGGCAGAGAUGGAGGAGAGGAGACCGGGAGGAGAGGCGGAGAGACAGAUCUCCACACGCUGAGAGAGAAAGAGAGCGAGAUUUUGAGAGAGGCUCUCGAGGCCGAGACGAACGCCAUCCGAGAUCCCGGCCGGAUCCAGAUGAGGAUCGGCAGUCCCAGAGACGCAGCGCUUCCUCUGUGUCCAGCUUCAAGUUCCUCAAACCCUCAGAAGCUGAUGAUGAUUUUAGUGGAGGGGCGGAGUUCAGGAGGGCGGGGCCGAAAGGCUCUACGUCCAAUCAGAGUGCAGGAUUCAGAAAACCAGUUGAUGAUGAUGCCGUUGUGCCUGCCUGGAGGAAGAGCAGUGCUGUGCAGGAACCAAAGGAGACGCCGAACCCACAGAAACACACAGAGAAGAGUGCCGCCCCGCUGGAAGAGAGCAAAACUACAACAACAGUGAGCAGUUCAGAGAGUGAGGAAGAGGAGGAGGAAGAGGUGAUCCUGACAGAUGAAGAGAUGAAUAAACUCGGAGCCAAACUCGUCAAGGCAGAGCUCAUGGGAAACACGGCACUGGCGGAAAAACUAAAGGAUCAAAUGGAAGCCGCCCGUCGAGCCAAAGAGAACCGAGCUCAGAGAAAAGUCCAGAACAAACCGGUUUCGGCACCAACAGAUGCAGAAAAGGAAGUGGUGCUGUUCAGAACCGACCCAUCGGGACGAGCCUGGCCGGUCAAAGCCCCGUCACAAGCACAGGAGCCUAAAGGAGGACGGAGGAAGCGGAAAGCGAUCGAGACGCACCAGGAUGGCGAACGUGUGCGCUAUUUUGAGGAUGAUGAUGGUAUGAAUCUUCAAGAGAUGGUCAGACGGGAGAAGAUGAGCUCUGCUGAAGAUCAGAACGCUCUUUACUCGCGCAUGGCCGCUAAGAUGAUGGGGAGGACAGACGGAGAUAACUACACACUGGAUGACAUGUUUGUGUCCAGCGCGGCUCAGAAAGAAAGAUCAGGGCGAGACGAAGAACGGCAGAGGAACAAAGCGGUGCAAGAGACGCGGCGGUUAGCCGGACAGAUGGAGAAAUGCAGACACUGCUUCGACAGCCCUGAACUCCCCAAACAUCUCAUUGUUGCCGUCGGAAACAAGGUGUACCUGUGUCUGCCGAACUGCGUGUCUCUGACCGAAGGUCACUGUUUGAUCGUCCCCAUCCAGCAUCACACAGCAGCCACAGGACUGGACGAAGACAUCUGGAGUGAAAUACAGAUGUUCAGACGUGCUUUGGUCCGCAUGUUUGAGUCUCAGGAGUUGGACUGUGUUUUUUUGGAGACUCAUAUGAAUCCAAAGAGGCACCUGCACAUGGUGUACGAGUGUGUGCCGAUGCCCAGAGAGCUCGGAGACAUGGCACCCAUUUACUUUAAGAAAGCCAUAAUGGAGUCAGAUGAGGAAUGGGCCAUGAAUAAGAAGGUUGUGGAUCUCUCAUCCAAAGACAUCAGACAAGCUGUUCCACGUGGGUUGCCGUACUUCUCGGUGGAUUUUGGAUUGCAGGGCGGCUUUGCGCACGUCAUUGAGAACGAGCAGAAGUUCCCACACUAUUUCGGCAAAGAAAUCCUGGGUGGGAUGUUGGACCUGGAACCGAGACGAUGGCGGAAACCGAUACGUGAGAAUUUCGACGACCAGCGUAAGAAGGUUCUGAAGUUCGCACAGUGGUGGAAAGAAUUCGACUGCACUAAAACUGACAGCUAGACCCUCUUUCAACUCUAUAGAGACUUUUCCAUGCCUGAAUUUUUAUUUUAGAGGGCAUGUAUGGGUUUAGGCUUGUGUCAUGUGUACAUGACUCUAAUAUUUUUAAGUAAAAGCAUAAAAUCUACACCAGGCAUGUUUUGUCUGCUGAAGAUUUUUUUGGGACCCUUUCCAUUUUUUAUUUUAAUUAAAUAUCAACCCAGGAAAUUUUUGGUUUCUUCUUAAACAUAAUAGUUUUUAAUGAGUCGUGUUGUUGUUCUGUGUAAAGUUCAGCCUCGUUUUACCUGCUCUCGUCCGGUGUUGAUGUUAAUCGUGUUUUCCUGAGCAAUUAAACUCAGAAUAAAAUAUUACAAGACCUCCA